CCCCCCCCCUCGUUUUUUCUUCUCCUCGCUGACCAGGUGACGGAGCAUCACCAAAAGGUGGCCAAAGGGAUUGAUCAGGACGGUGUUUCACUCCGACCCGGGGAUCGCUGGUGCAUCAGGCGGAGCGCAGGAGGGAGCCAUGGUGUGCAUUCCCUGCAUCGUGAUCCCCGUUCUGCUCUGGGUCUACAAGAAGUUCUUGGAGCCCUACCUCUACCCCGUGAUUGCUCCCUUCAUCAAGCGCCUCUGGCCCAAAAAGGCUGUGCAGGAGUCACCAGACACCAAUCAGGGGCCAGGAGGCAGCACUGGGGAUGCUCAGGGACCUGCAGCUGCCAAAAGAGACCAGGAGGAUGGAUAUGGAAGCCAUAAAUUUGAAAGCAAUGGCAUUGCAAAUGGAAGUGCUGUAAAGAGAUCCACAGCUGUUCAUGACAAGAAAAUGGCUUAAAGUAGUUAAUUCCUAAGGAUUUUAUUCCCUCAUGUCCAGUAUGAACUGCUGAUAUUCCUCUCACUUUGAGACUUUUUUCUUUGCACAUUUUAACUGAAUAAAAAAACUUUAUUGCUUGCAGGAGAGAUUCUCUUUUGCCACUAAAAUGGCAGCUGGCUCAUUUGUUUAUUUAAAAUAUUUGAAAGCUGAAGUUCUUGUAUUUUCCUCGCUGAAGCUACUUUUCAUCUACCAUCUGUUUGGUGUGAUUAGAGUUUAGGUUAAAUAACAUAAAAAUAAAUUUAUCUAUGGAAGGUAAAUGUAUUUUAGCAUCUUGAUGUCACUAAGUGCUAGUGCAAUACUUGAAAGGCUUUAUCUGUUCUUGGUGAAGAUCUGUGGACUGCAUUGUGACAACAGUAGCUCAUCAUCUGCCUGUGAAGAAUUUAGAUUUUUCAUGUCAAAUCUAUGGGUGAGCUAAAGGAGUUAUGCUACAUACAAAAUUUACUUAGCUUACUAAAAGCAGAAAGUCUUGAUGUGAUACUUCCCUUAAUUAUUUUCCUUGAAAUAUUAUGCCUUUUUUUUUCCUGAAGAGGAGCAGCAGAGGCCUGAUGCAAGAGAAUGUUGCUUUAUGUUCUGUUGUAGUGAUUUAAAAUGGUGCAGUUCUGGCUUUAAAAAAAAAAGAAAAACAAACCAAUAUCCAACUAAAACCUCUUUACCAUGCUUGUGGAAUUUUCCUUAUAAUAAAACCAGAUUUUACUUAAA